UUAAAAUAUAAUUAAGCAUGGAAGCUAAAGACAAAUUUAGGAAAUACACUCUGCAUAAAACUCUCGAUGAAGCUGAUAGCAACAUGUACCACACCCCUAGACAGAAGGAAGAACUUAGCUCCAGUAGGAAUUUAGGUCUCGAGGGAAGAAAUCAGGAUGAUACCCCUUCAAAACUGGCCAUGAACUUGGAAAAUAGUCCAACUCUACAAAACGGUUCAGAUUUAAUGGAACUUAGAAAGAAGCAAGAAGACCUUAUUCAACUACAGAAAAUGGUUCAGAGAAACAUUGAAGGACUCCAAAAGCAGAUCGAAAAGUGCGCUCAUAGCAGAGAUUCGAAGUCUUCUGUAGGAGGAACUAUAGUUCCAAGGUUUUACAAAUAAGUAUGCAGACAGUGACAACGAUUGUAAACCAAAAGCUCAUCAUAAAACUUUCUCAGUAAAGAAAGACUUUUCAAAGUCCUUAACUAAACUUCCUAAAGGACGAAGUCAGCGAGCUGCUAAUAUUCAUAAGAGGCUUGCCAAUAAGAUCACUCCAAGUUCAAAGAUUAAUAUCGAAUCAACAGAUGAUGAAAAUUUAACGAAGUCUAAAAGUAGCACCAUCUUGAGAAGGACCAGAGGAGAUCGUAAAAAGUCUGUUAGCAAAAUGAAUUAUAAGAAGCCUUCUAACUAUUCAUCCAGAGGCUCUCUUAACAAGCCUGACCGUAUUUACAGCAUUCACUCAGCAUCUGAGAGCAAGAGAUUAUUGACUGAAGUCACUAAUAAUGAUAGUUGAAAUCGUGAUCAUAUUUCUAAAUCACCUGUCUCCAAAUUUGAGAUUUCGACUUAUUCCAAAAACCAUGAGCCCAGUUAUGCUAGUAAAUAGCUCUACAAAUGUACUAGCGCAGCUAAAGAACUCAUGCAAGAAGGUUAAACUGAAGCAUAUCUAUGACCUAGCCAGGGUGAAACCUACCUUACCUACCAUCAGAGUCAUGCUAGCUAUUAUGAAGAUUAUGCAAUCUAUGGGUGAGAAGAUCAAAAUACCUACUGAAUGGAACGGAAUUCUUAGAAUUCUUCAUAAAAAGGAUAAGAAGUUACUUCAGUGCAUCCAAAGUAUCCCUGAUAAGCUUAAAAUCUUAUCUACUGAUCUCACAGAGUUUCUCAGUUACAAGACCCAGUGCUUUGGUAAAUAAGAGGAUUUCGGUCACGACUAUAUCAGCUCCAUUCCAAAAAGAAUGCAGGAUAUUUGCCAAUCUGUUUGCACUGGUGGUCUUGGCUCUUCAACAGAUGAAGAAGGAAAGAUCAAGCCAAAAUCUAACACCUAAGAUGUCCAAGCGAGAAGAAAGUCGUCUUGAGUCUGAAGAAAUUAGCAAUUUUAAUGAUACUGAAGGUCCCUUCCCCAAAGAAAGUUGUGACGAAAGUGCAGGUUAUUAUAACAAUGCUCAUUAUACUGUAACUUCUUCAGAGGCGACACCUGAGCAAGUAAAGGUAAAGAAGCCUGCACCAAAGAAAACUAUUCGAUCAUCAGCUAAAACUUAUGUCAAGAAAGGCUAUCUAUCCUCAGAUAAUCAGUCAACGAGUGGUCAUAACAGGGUGAAUACGUAUAUUGCUCCGUUGAAAACUCAUAAUCGGAAGCCAAAGUUGAAGAAAAAUUCCAGUGCGAUUAAAUAAGAGUGUGCAUUUGUACCAUAAAAGGGAUCCUGAAUCUGAAGAGUCUUAUCUAAACAAGUUCUCAUCCCCAGUGAAAUUGUCCUCCUCAUCAAGGUCUUAUAUGGGAGGGUUCAAUUCUGACCACGAGUUCAGGAGCUCGAAAGCUAGUAUAAGAGCUUCGAAGAGAGUAAAGCCAAAUACAUCAUGAGCUAUGAGAGGGGCAGUUGAUGGUGGUCUAGCCAGUGCUCCUGAAGACUUAGCAAAUAAGAAGAGUAUUAGAGACAUAAAGCAGAAGCCUGUAGAUAGUUUAAAGCAACAAGGAAGCAUUCCAUAUGAUACCACAGAUGAAUCAGAAGAUUUUUUCCAUGAUCAAUUAGCACUCAAGCCUCGUUUAAGACCCUACAACAAAGAUAAGGAUGGAGGACUUUUAUACGCAUUCAUCGAGCUGACCAUGUGCCCAAAGCCAGUUGAGAGACCACCAGUAGAAUUCACCAAAUCGGGGUCAUACAACCCUUGGAAUACCAAUGCAGAAGUAUACAAGAACUCAAUCGUUUCAACUUCUCUAACGGGAUUCGGAAGACAAUCAUCUGAAAAUUUUGCUCAAAAGAAGACUAUAGCUAAUUCGUUAAGCACUGAAGAAUAUCAAAGAGUUCUUGAGCUCAAAAGCCAAAGAAUGAAGACCCUCCUACAGCACCAGUUAAUAAGAAGAUAA